AUGGAGGCUGCCCUUCCCACCGGCCCCGAACUGGAGGGGGGGCUGGAUAUGUCCAAGGACGCCACCUCUGCAGGGCGCACCGAAAGCCUGUCACAGCAGCCAGCAUGGCGAGUGGCCGGCGAGGAACCGCGCAAAGCGCUGCAGCACCCUGGAGAAGGCCUGUGUCUGCCGCUUCCAAGGGCACCCGAUUCUCCGCAGAGGGAAUGGGGGCACGUAUUCUUGAUGGAAACGCCCCCGUGUGACAACGUCAGAGCCUUCCUUUCCUCUUUCGAGCAGAUUGCUGAGGCCUGUCAGUGGCCGAGCGAGGAGUGGGUGGGCCGGCUCCUGCCGGCACUCAGCCAGGAUGUUGAACAGGCCUUGAGCAGGCUGGAAGUCAGGGACCGGGGAAAUUAUGGGAAAGUGAAAGCCGCCAUCUUGCGGGAGGACGCCCUGAGAAUUGAGGCACUGCGGCAGCACUUCAGGCAGUAUCGCUACCCGGAUGUCGAAGACCCCCGAAAGGUGCCGUUGCAGCAGGUGAUCGGGAGUUCCCUAGAGGGCAAGGACAUCCAUCAGAGACACGUCUACACGGAUGUGACACACAAAGGUGACGGAGACAUGAAUUUGCUGGCCAGUGGAGCAGCGUUCCCAAGCCGGACCUGUUUGUCACUUCCCCCCGAGCGACAGGAAAUGGCCGAAGCUGGCCUGACUGAGGGGCUGCUGAGCUUCGAGGAGAAGGUGACCUCUUUCCGGAAGGAAGAGCAAGCUUCAGCGCAUCCGAGCCAAGGGACCGUGUUCUGGCAAGUCAAAGAGGAGACCUGUGGGAACGAACCGUCCUUGGGUAACAGAAGAGAGAUCAAGAUGGAGACUUCUCAUCAAACGAGGCCGGAUGGAAUCUCUCAAGGGAAUGUUUCUCUGGUGACCGAAAUCCCAGAGGAAAGAUUUGAGUCCAAAGGACAACAGAGGGAGAGCAAAUGCUGUGACCAUUCGGAAGGCCUUACAGCUCCAGUUCAUGAAAGCACAAUGGUCAUCGGGACAGAAAAGCCGUUGCUCUCCAGUUAUGGAAGGAUUGACCAGUACGGCUUGGGACUUAAGCUGAAUGCCGAAGAGAAUCCUUAUGAAUGCUCUCUGUGUGGGGAAAGCUUCCAGCAAGAAUGUUACCUUGCUGCACACCAGAGAAUCCACACAGGAGAAGAACCAUAUGAAAGGUCUCAGAGUGGGAAAGCCUUUCCUCAAAGAGAAAUCUGGGAUGGCCGUGAGAAUAGUCCGAUGGAAGAAAAACCUUAUCAAUGCCCGGAGUGUGGGAAAAGAUUCAGCUACAGGGCAACGUUAAUGAGACAUCGGAGAAUCCAUACUGAGGAGAAGCCACAUAAAUGUUCUCAUUGUGGUAAAAGCUUCAGCCAAAGAACGAACCUGAUGAGUCAUCAGAGAAUCCACACGGGAGAAAGACCUUUUCAGUGUUCGCAAUGUGGGAAAGUCUUCAGGUGGCAAUUGCAUUUGAAGAGACAUCAGAAAAUCCACACGGGAGAGAAACCACACAAAUGCCCCGACUGUGGGAAAAGCUUCUCUCGGAGAGAUACUUUGAUAAAUCAUCAGAGAACCCACACAGGAGAGAAACCGUACGAAUGCCCCGAUUGUGGGAGAAACUUCAAUCAUCCAUGUAACUUAAUUGAACAUCAGAAAACCCACACAGGAGAGAAACCCCAUGAAUGCCUCGAGUGUGGGAAAAACUUUUCUCGGAGAGACACGUUGAUCAAACAUCAGAGAACCCACACAGGAGAGAAGCCUUAUGAAUGUCCUGAGUGUGGGAAAAGUUUCAAUCAUCCAUGCAGGUUGAUCGAUCAUCAGAAAAUCCACACUGGAGAGAAGCCACACAAGUGCCCUGACUGUGGGAAAAACUUUUCUCGGCGAGAUACUCUGAUCAGACAUCAAAGAACCCAUGCUGAAGAGAAACCUUAUGAGUGCCCUGGACUAAAGAAGUUCAUCUAA